CUUCGAGAUUUCGAGUGUUUUGCUUUCCCUCUCUUACCUUUUCGAGUCUGAAACAUUCACUCUCCACUCCAGAAUCCGCAGCUUACUCCACCAGAAUCCAAGUCCCGAAACCGGCGGCGUUCUCGCAAUCAAGGUCUACCCCGUCGGGAACUUGGAUCACUCUACCAAAAUUCUUUGAGCUUCUUGGCUUUAGGUUCGGGGAGCAGGAGCAAAGACAUAAACCCUAAGUCAGCCAAAACCAGGGUACCUUCUUCGAGCUGCUGUGCAUUUCCAGCAGAGAUGGCGGGUUUACUUGGGGAAACCGAUCUGGUGAAAUUAAUGUCGUUUAGCGACGAUUUGGUGGCGGUGUUGAAGAAGCAAACCAGCAUCGAUUCCUUAUCCCAGUGUCUUGACGAGUCGACAGCUCUUCGCACCUUUUCUGAGGCAGAAUUCGACGAGGUUCACACCCAGCUCCAAGAUUAUGAGAAAAAGAUUGAGGAAUGCAAGCAGAAGACAGCAAAGGCAAAACUGGAGGUAUGUGAUGACGCGGAGAUAGGCCUUCUACAGAAGGAGUUGGAAGCUGAAUUAAACGAGGAACGUGCUUUACGAGAGGAUCUCAGAGUGAUCAACAAUCAGAUCAGCGGUUUAGAACGGCAAAGGGUUUCCAUUGACGAGCAAAUUCAGCUGAGAAAGAAACUGGAUCGCGAAGAGUUGAGGGCACAGAAGAAGCUUUCUAUGUAUGCUUCUGUUACGAAUAUCAUUCCAGACUUGGACAACCGUUCCACAAUCUCAGGCCAUAUAGUAGACCGGGAUAAGAGGAUGGUUGAGAAGUUUGAGCUCGACCCAACGGAAUCAACUCCAUUUGAAACUUGUGAGAGCAUUUGGAAGUUGAUAAAUCACAGAUAGGCAAUCGAACAUCCAUCGGUUCCUUCAGAGCCCUCCGAUCUGUUUCCUGCUGAUCUGGUUCCAGAGAGAUUGUGUAUGUGUUACUAACACCUUUCCUGUACCAAAUUAUGUUAUUGUAGUUAUUAGUUCGAAAGAACCAAUGAUCAUGAAACCUGCAAUUCUUAACGUAUGUGUAAUAUCCCAGGGUCCUUCCCCGCUCCCCUCUUUUCACUUAUAUGUUGCUUUGUGAUCAGCUAUUUUCAGAAAAGCUUCAUCUCAUUGUCUCUUUCGUUCUGUAAUAUCAGUGUUAAGUUUGAGUACGAUGCAGUAAAGAUUCAGUUAGGGUUGGUUUGGUGUCCAUGUUAUGUUUGUACUUUGUACUUGAGAAGACAUUGUAAGAGUGUGUGCAAUGUCAUGUAGACUUCAAAUACAUGGUUUUUGUACCAGAUUCAUUCCAGAAAAACAAUGGAUUGUUAGAAACUCACAGGUAAUGGUCCCGACUGGUUGUU